CGCUGGGGUUUGAACGGAGCAGGUUGAGUGCCCGCACCGGGCACCGGGCCGUGCGUGCGGCCGCGAGGGACAGCACCGGACCGAACCGAGCCCAGCCGGCGGCCGCGAGGCUUUGAUGGUGAGCGGGAAGCUGCCUGACGAUGAGUUACUGGAGUCUGGACAAGAAGAGCUGCCUGCAGUACUGCCGGCACUUCCUAGCGGAUAACGGCGUGUUCCACGUUGAAAGAUGCAUGAGUGUGAUGCAGUCUGGGACACAGAUGGUGAAGCUGAAGAGUGGAACCAAGGGGCUGGUCCGGCUCUUCUACCUGGACGAGCACAGGAGCUGCAUCCGAUGGAGGCCCUCCCGGAAGAGCGAAAAGGCAAAAAUUGUCAUCGACUCCAUUUACAAGGUCAGCGAGGGCCGGCAGUCGGAGAUCUUCCACCGCCACGCCGAGGGCAGCUUCGACCCCAGCUGCUGCUUCACUAUUUACCAUGGGAAUCACCUGGAGACCCUGGACCUGAUCACAUCCAACCCCGAGGAGGCUCGCACCUGGAUCACGGGGCUCAAGUACCUCCUGGCCGGGAUCAGCGACGAGGACUCGCUCGCCAAGCGCCAGAGAACACACGACCACUGGGUGAAGCAGACCUUCGAGGAGGCUGACAAGAACGGGGAUGGGCUGCUGAACAUCGAGGAGAUCCACCAGCUGAUGCACAAGCUGAACGUGAGCCUGCCCCGCAGGAAGGUCCGGCAGAUGUUCCAGGAGGCAGACACAGAUGAGAACCAAGGAACCCUGAACUUUGAAGAGUUCUCAGUGUUUUACAAGAUGAUGUCCUUGCGUCGAGAUCUCUACCUGCUGCUCCUAAGCUACAGUGACAAGAAGGAUCAUCUCACAGCUGAAGAGCUGGCUCAGUUUCUGAGGGUGGAACAGAAGAUGAAUAAUGUGACACCAGAAUAUUGUCUGGACAUCAUACAGAAGUUUGAAGUGUCAGAAGAAAACAAGAAGCAAAAUGUUCUUGGGAUUGAAGGCUUCACCAGCUUCAUGCGCAGCGCGGCGUGCGAGGUGUCCAACCCCCUGCACCGCCAGGUGCACCAGGACAUGGAGCAGCCCCUGUGCCACUACUUCAUCGCCUCGUCCCACAACACCUACCUGAGCGGGGACCAGCUGCUCUCGCAGUCACGGGCCGAGAUGUACGCGCGGGUGCUGCAGGCCGGCUGCCGCUGCGUCGAAGUGGAUUGCUGGGAUGGCCCAGAUGGGGAGCCAGUGGUGCACCAUGGCUACACCCUGACUUCCAAAAUCCUCUUCCGAGAAGUGGCAGAAACCAUCAAUAAAUACGCCUUCAUCAAAAACGAGUUUCCAGUGAUACUGUCUAUUGAAAACCACUGCAGUAUUCAACAGCAAAAGAAGAUUGCCCAGUACCUGAAGGAGAUAUUUGGUGACAAACUGGACUUGUCAUCUGUGAGCACUGGAGAUCCCAGACAGCUUCCCAGCCCUCAGGAUUUAAAAGGGAAAAUCCUAGUGAAGGGUAAGAAGCUGCCCUGCAGCCUUGGAGCAGAUGCUGAGGAAGGAGAAGUUUCAGAAGAGGACAGUGCUGAUGAAAUCGAGGAUGACUGCAAGUUAAAGCCCUGCUUUAGCAAUGGUGCCACUCAGCACCAGGUGGAAUCCUUCAUACGAACAAAACUGGAAUCUCUGCUAAAAGAAUCCCAAAUCAGGGACAAAGAGGAUCCUGACAGCUUCACUGUGAGAGCCCUGCUGAAGGCAACUCACCAGAGUUUCAAUGUGAACCUCAAGCAGAACCUGGACACAAAAGAAGGUGGAAAAAAGUCUCAUGGUCGAUCAUUAAUGGGCAACUUUGGUAAACAGAAGAAAGCUGCAAAGGCAGCAGCCAAGGCCCACAGUGCCUCGGACGAUGAGGACGGCCAGCAGCACCCUCCUGGCAAGGAGCAGCCCCACAGCAGGCUUGCCCGCCGCAGGAAGACAGUGAAGCUGUGCCGGGCCCUGUCUGACCUGGUGGUGUACACCAACUCCGUGGCAGCCCAGGACAUCGUGGAUGAUGGCUCCACAGGGAACGUGCUGUCGUUCAGUGAGACCAGAGCCCACCAGGCAGUGCAGCAGAAGGCUGAGCAGUUCAUGCUUUACAACCAGAGACAGCUGACCAGGGUCUAUCCCUCAGCCUACCGGAUCGACUCCAGCAACUUCAACCCCGUUCCUUACUGGAAUGUGGGCUGCCAGUUGGUGGCCCUAAAUUACCAGUCUGAGGGACGUGUGAUGCAGUUAAAUGAAGCAAAAUUCAGGGUAAAUGGCAACUGUGGUUAUGUCCUCAAACCUCAGCAGAUGUGCAAAGGCACAUUCAACCCCUACUCUGCUGAUCCACUUCCUGCCAGUCCUAAGAAGCAGCUUAUCCUGAAGAUUAUCAGUGGGCAGCAGCUCCCCAAGCCUCCUGACUCAAUGCUGGGGGACAGAGGAGAGAUAAUAGAUCCCUUUGUUGAGGUGGAGAUUAUUGGGUUACCUGUUGACUGCUGUAAAGAUCAGACCAGGGUGGUGGAUGACAAUGGGUUCAAUCCUGUGUGGGAGGAGACCCUGACCUUCACCAUCCACAUGCCCGAAAUUGCCCUGGUGCGGUUCCUUGUCUGGGACCACGAUCCCAUCGGGAGAGACUUUGUGGGGCAGAGAACUGUGGCCUUCAGCAGCCUCGUGCCAGGCUAUCGCCACGUGUAUUUAGAAGGACUGACAGAAGCUUCCAUAUUUGUUCAUAUAAUCAUUAAUGAGACCUAUGGAAAGUGGAGCCCUUUAAUCCUCAAUCCCAGUUACACAAUAAUGCACUUUCUAGGAGCCACAAAGAGCAAGCAGCUGAUGGGGCUCCGAGGGCUGUUCUCCAAGGCGCCCAAGGCGGGCACUGCCGAGGCCAGCGGGCAGCACGUGCGGAAACGCUCCAUCGGCGAGCGCAUCCUGCGGCGCACGGCCAGCGCCCCGGCCAAGGGCAGGAAGAAGAGCAAGAUGGGCUUCCUGGAGGCUGCUGAGAUCAAGGACAGCGCCUCUGAGCCAACAGACCUGAAGGACAAGGAAGGGGUGGUCCGGCGGCCGAAGCGGAGCUUGCAGGCGCGCCCCGCGUCCAUGCCCGUGGACAGAUUCCUCAUGGUGGAGCUGCCCUGCCCAGCAGAGGACACUGCCCAGGAGGCCAAGGCAGAGGAAAACACAUCUGCCAACAGUGAUGACAAUACAAAUGAGAAGGAAACAAGCUUGAAAGAAUUGGCUUUUCCAUGUUCGGAGCAAAAGGCAAGUGCUUCAAAUUUAGCAUCUCAGUUCAAGGAUAAUGACCAGAGGGAUUCUACAGCUGACUCUUUAGUACCACCUUCACAGGAGCAACCUGAACAUUUGGUUUUUGCAAAUGGUGUAGCUCAAACAAAUCACCUCGUGGGCUACCAGGAGAAUAAUCCUUCUGAUGGAACUGUCCCCCUAAUGCAAGACUCUGACUCUGAACUUCCCACAGAAAAAUCACACCACAAAAACUGUGCAGACAGUAAAACAGAUGAUGACACAAAAGUAUCUAAGGAAGGGAAAAUCAGUCUCAUGGAGACUUCUCUUUCUCAGAAAGCAGAGGUGGAGAAUCACAAAUAUGACACGAAGAAAAGCACUGCAGCGCCUCUUUCCCUUUCUUCUGCCGUGUGCUCUGAGGGCCCUGACUGUCACUCCACGGUGGCCCUGCAGGACAGUGACAUUUCUCACCUCAUUGAUGAAGUCUCUCUCUCGACUGAGAGCGAGCUGGACAGCGCUGUGUCCGCUCUCAUCGGGCAGCUCGAUGGCACAGAUGACCAAACUCCUGUUCCUGCUGUCUCCAGCCCCCAGGGCAGCAGCAGCCAGAGCCCCAGGGCAGGAGCUGCACUCCCACACGUGUUUGCUGCAGACCUGAGUGGCCCCUGUAGGCACAACUUCACUCCCACAAAAUCCAACAAAUCCCCUUUAUUCUCCACUCCGGACACAGCCGUGUUCUCCAGUUUGGAGGAUGCAGAGUAUUCCACAUACACAGUUAUCCACAAGGCAUCUCCAGCUUCUGAAUGUAAGAGCCACAGGGCAUUGGUUUGCAAGGAAAGACUAACUAGUCUAGAAAGUGACUUGCCUGGCUCUUCUUGUUCUUCAGCCCUCUCUUUGCUAAAUGCAAAUCCCAAAAGGAAUUGUGCUACAAAAUCUGGAGCGAGCUGGGAAGCCCCCGAGUCUGCCAGUUCUUUCGGUUCCAACAGCCUCAUCUUUGAGGAGGCGCUGGGGGCCCCUGUCCCUGGGGAGCACUCGGCCAGCAGCAGCCUGCUGGAGCUGGAUGGGGACUGCCAGGAGCUGCUGGUGACCGCCUGUGAGUACAGACGGGAGGACAUGAGCCAGCUGGCUUCUCCUCUGAGCCUCAGGCACAAGCAGGAGCCCGGGCACGGUGCUGACAGCACCUCUGCGAGCAGCUCCACUGCUGCGCUCUGCGCUGCUGCCCAGCGCUGCUCCGAGAGCUCCAGGGCUGCAGGGAGCCCUUUCCCCGCGUGUGAGGGUGUCGGGUUUUUGUGGCAGCAGCGCUCGGAGAAGCACAAGGCUGCAGCGGGCGCUCCCCAGCCCAGCUCAGCCCGCCCCGUGCUCCCGGGGGCUCUGCCGUUCCCCCCUCACCCCGCCAUCCAGCACAGCAGCCCCUGCAAGUCCAAGAGUCUGGGAGACCUGACCUCGGAGGACAUUUCCUGCAACUUUGAGAGUAAGUAUCAGUACAUCAGCAGGAGCUUCAUCUCCUCGGGCCUGAGGGACAGGAAGGUGGCAGCCAUGCAGGGCGUGAGGCCACACUCGACGGACGCGCUGACGGAGCAGCUGCGGAGGCUGCUGUCCCUGGAGCAGGAGGACAGCCGGGAGCCGCUCUGCCCCAGGCAGACGGACGAGGAGUGUCCCCGGGCCCUGGUGAGGAAGCUGUCCUCCCGCAGCCAGAGCCGGGUGCGGAACAUCGCCAGCCGCGCCCGGGAGCGGCAGGAGGCGGCGGGCAAGCAGCGGCCCUGCGGCAGCGGCCUGCCCGGCGUGGUGCUGCGGAACAAGGCCCCGGGCCCGCCCGCCGCAAACCGGCACUCCACCGGCUCCUACAUCGGCCGGUACCUGCACGGCUGCCCCGGGGAGCGCCGCGGGGUGCCCGAGGGAGCCUGCUCCGCCCUGCAGCACGGCUGUGGGGAGCUGCAGCUGCCGCCCGGCGCUCAGGACCAGCCCGAGGUGUAUUUCCUGCUCCGGCUCUAGGCAGGAGCUCUCGGCCUGCUGUGCUGCACUGAGGGGUUAGCCAGGAGCUGCGAGGAGCCGCUCAGUUAGUUCAAAAUGCAGUUUCAUGCCGGUGUUCAGGGCUGGUUUUCCUGCCAGAGCUGAGGGAAGUGGGAACCUCCCUUAGGGGUGUGUGACUGGGCCGGAGCUGAGGAGCCGGGAGCGUGUUUGUAGCGCUCUGUGUCUAAUGCCGUGCUCCAAAGCCUGACAUUGCACUGAAGGCAAUACUCCUUCCCUUGUGUCUUGUCCUCCUGCUUGGAAAAACACUUUUGGUGAUCACUUUUGGCCUUUUGUGAGGAUUCUCCAAAGCACUGUGGUGUCUGGAAUGCUGGACUGGGGCUUGUUCUGCUCACCAGGCAGCGACCCUUCAUUAGCAUCACUUGUUCUGCAUUGUUAUUAUAAAUUGUACAUGUUUUCAUGUAUGAACUGUGAUUCUACAGCAGACGGUUUGUAGAAUUAGGGUUAGUCCAGAUUCGUGAGUCCUGUGUAAUUUGUCUUCUGCCCUCUCUACAAAGUAUGACAAGAGUUGUCUUCCUUUUUGGUUACUGUGUUGAUUUGGGACAGAGUGGAAUGUGGGAGUAAUUCUGCUUUCAUGAAUGAAAACAAUUUCUGCUUAUUUUGUUAUGUGUUUUUGCUGUUGGUUGUGUGAGUAGCUUUGGUACAGCAGAUCCAUUUUCUGUAUAUUUGUAAUUUUAUUGCUGAAUUGUCGGCAGUCAGUGGAAUAUUUAAACUGACAUGAUAGAGUGACUAUUUUGACUGUUCACCUUUUUCUAUGAAGGCUGAAAGUGAAUUGGGUGAAGGAAUCUCAGACACCAGAAGCUUCCCUGUAGGGAACAACAUAGCUUUAUUUUGGUUGGAAGAUACUCUUUGCCUUUGUUGUAAGAUUUUCUGAUAUGUCAAAGAUGUACCUUUUACCUCUUUCUUUUGUAAUGCAGAGUAUUAUUAUUCUUGAAAACGUCAUUAAAAUAGAUUUUUAAGCACUUG